CCGGGAGGGGUCGGGGCGGCGGCGGGAGGAGAGGUGAGGCUCCGGCACGCGCCCCACUCGCUGCGAGAGCGCGAACCGCGCGCUCCCGUCGUCCGCGUCGCCAUCUUUUUUUUUUCCCCCCUCCGUCCGUCUGUCUGCCGUUGGCUUUGUCUGUCCGCCGCGCCGCCCCUCGCCUCCCCGCCGCCAGCCCGGCCCGCAGCCACCCUCUGCCCACCGGGGCCGGGUCCCAGAGAGCCCGGGCCCGGCCGGCUGGAGCUGCGGCCGGGGCCCAUUGUCCCGCGGUCUGUCCGUCCGGAGGCGGAGCCCAGGGACGCGGAGCGCCGAGGCUGCGGCUUCACAUCACUCGGAUUCGGGCGACUUUACUUUGCUUCGUGGGAACCUCAUCAGAGCUGGAGGUCUGAAAAGAACUGUGUUUGGUAUGCAGCUAUGAUAGAAGACUGCCUGAAAGCUGCUUCCUUGCCACUUCCUGUGGAGGCCUGUCUUUGCCAUUUGCGGUUUCUUUCUUCUUUUGGUCAGCACCGUACGAGGAGGUAGUGACCUGUCCAGGGGUGAAACUGGGGAAGAACGGAGCUUGGAUAUCAGGGAAACAUGUCCCGUAGGAAACAGACAAACCCAAAUAAAGUUCACUGGGAUCAAGUCUUUGCUGGGUUAGAAGAACAAGCCCGACAGGCAAUGAUGAAAACCGAUUUUCCUGGAGACCUUGGCAGUCAGCGACAAGCUAUCCAACAACUACGAGAUCAGGACUCCAGUAGCAGUGAGUUCUGCACCUUCUGGUGACAGUGAAGGUGACGAAGAGGAGACCACACAAGAUGAAGUAUCUUCCCACACAUCAGAGGAAGAUGGUGGGGUAGUCAAAGUGGAAAAGGAAUUAGAGACUGCGGAAGCACCUGUCAGUAGUGGGGACGCACUAGCAGAGCGCGAGUCUGCAGUGGGAACCUAAGACUACUGAAGGAGGUGGGGCAGGGAAGAGACUAGUGAAGAGUCUUCAUGACUUGCCUGUUUGGUGGAUUUGCAGGUCACAGAAAACCUAAAUUCUGACCCCUUACUUCAACUCUGCCAGUGUCCCCUCUGCCAGCUAGACUGUGGGAGUCGGGAGCAGCUGAUUGCACAUGUGUACCAGCAUACUGCAGCAGUGGUGAGUGCCAAGAGUUACAUGUGUCCUGUCUGUGGCCGGGCCCUUAGCUCCCCAGGGUCUUUGGGUCGCCACCUCCUAAUCCAUUCAGAAGAUCAGCGGUCCAACUGCGCUGUGUGCGGAGCCCGUUUUACCAGCCACGCCACUUUUAACAGUGAGAAACUCCCUCAAGUACUUAAUAUGGAAUCCGUACCCCAAGUCCACAGUGAAGGUCCCUCCAGUGCUGAAGGAAAGGACAUUGCCUGUAGUCCUCCAGUAUACCCUGCUGGAAUUCUGCUUGUUUGCAACAACUGUGCUGCUUACCGCAAGCUACUGGAAACACAGACUCCCAGCGUACGCAAGUGGGCCCUUCGGCGACAGAAUGAGCCUCUGGAAGUAAGGCUGCAACGACUUGAACGAGAACGCACAGCCAAGAAGAGCCGUCGAGACAAUGAGACCCCAGAGGAGAGGGAGGUAAGACGCAUGAGGGAUCGUGAAGCCAAGCGCCUGCAGCGCAUGCAAGAGACAGAUGAGCAGCGAGCUCGCAGGCUGCAGCGAGACCGGGAGGCCAUGAGGCUGAAGCGGGCCAAUGAAACCCCAGAGAAGCGGCAGGCCCGACUCAUUCGAGAGCGAGAGGCUAAGAGGCUCAAGAGGAGACUGGAGAAAAUGGACAUGAUGUUGCGCGCUCAGUUUGGUCAGGACCCUUCUGCCAUGGCAGCCUUAGCAGCCGAAAUGAACUUCUUCCAGUUGCCCGUGAGUGGGGUAGAGUUGGACAGCCAGCUUCUAGGGAAAAUGGCCUUCGAAGAGCAGAACAACAGCUCUCUGCACUGAACCACACCCUCUUGCCUGACCUCCCAUCCACUCCAGCCCUCGGGGAUUGGUGCUGCAGUCACUCAGGAGGCCACAGUCCUUGCUGCCACAGGCAGGUCCGGGUUGGUUGCAGGGAAACCUGUGCACCCUCUGCAUUUGGGAAAAGGAUGGGGUCAGGAGGGGACCUGGCUCAAUGCAGUUCUGGACAAGGGAGCAGGCACUCCAGAAACCUGGACUCUUCAGCCCACGGUGGCAGGCCAGGACUAUGGGACUGUGGGACCCAGUAUGGUCCAUGAAGCUGUGAGGGCAAAUAAAUUAAUUUUAUCUUUACUGGC